UAUAUCGGUUAUCUUUAAAACACUAACUAUACUUGAGGACUAUCGAAAACGUGACUUUAGUGCGCAAUUGGGAUCCCUGUGGCAURCAUUGAAAAGGAGGAAGUAGAGCGCAUUCUUUUGAGGCUAGGGUUUUACAGUAAAUACAAGACAGUACAGAAUAAAUGAUGGAAAGAUUUAAGGCAUCCAUGUUGUUGAGUGCUGCAGGAGAUGCUUUGGGCUACAAAAAUGGUGAAUGGGAGUUUUGCUAUCAAGGGAGAUCGAUUCAUGAYCAAUUAAAGGCAAUGGGUGGUUUAAAGGAUAUCAAAGUUAACAAAAAGCAAUGGCGAGUUAGUGAUGAUACUAUUUUGCACAUUGCAACUGCYGAAGGACUGGUAUCUGAUUGGUCCUCCAAAGAAGACUUAUAUUUGGCACUAGCAGACAAGUACAAGAGUGCUAUGAAAGACAUGUGGGGUAGAGCACCAGGAGCUACAGUCCAAGCAUCUUGUCACAGCCUUAAGCCAAACAGACCAAAGGGAUAUGUCAUCCCAUUUGAUCCACGAGGAGGAGGAUGUGGUGCUUGCAUGAGAUCAAUGUGCAUUGGUUUGCUCUUCAAUAAACCAGAGCAACUUGAAAACCUCAUUGAAGUCAGCAUUGAAAGUGGGAGAAUGACUCACAAUCAUCCUACUGGUUAUCUUGGGAGUUUAGCUGGAGCUCUCUUCACAUCAUAUGCAAUUCAAAAAAAACCUGUGAGAGAAUGGGGUGCUAGUUUGAUGUCAAUUCUUCCUCAAGCCUUGGAAUAUAUCAAGAUCAAUGGWAGAGAUGUUGGUGAGAAUAAGGCCAAUUGGUCAUAUUUCACUGAUAAAUGGAGCAUGUUUUUGAAAGAGAGAGGAAUCCAAGAUGGUGAUAAAGAUCCAACAUUCCCUUCACUGUAUGGUGUUGAACAACGGGACGCUUUUUACCGGUCAGUUAGUUGGUCAGGAUGGGGAGGAUCAAGCGGGCAUGAUGCACCAAUGAUUGCCUAUGAUGCUAUGCUAGGUGCUGGAGGAUCAUGGGAAGAGCUCUGUGACAGAGCAAUGUUUCAUGGAGGUGAUAGCGAUAGUACAGGGGUAAUGGCUGGGGCGUGGUGGGGUGCUAUUUAUGGGUUAGAUAAUGUACCCAAGGGUAACUACGAACAUUUAGAGUAUAAGCAACGCAUUGAAGAACUUGCUGAAAAACUGUAUCAGAAAUCAGAGGCAUUAAGUCAGUGACUAAUCUAUGGUGACUGCCAGUAUGAAAGAUUGGACUAAUAAUUAUUUGUAGGAAUGUAAUAGUUMAUGUUUGUCUAUUUAGGAGAAGAAGACCAAUGGUCAUUACGGCAGUCUGUGUGCAUAAUAUUUCUUUUUUAUAAGAUUAAUCUUUGUAGAUAUUAGGAAGCACAAGAAACAAAGCUACAUUAUAAUAAUUUUUAUUAUAAUAAUACAAUGAGACCAGAAUAUUAAGUAUUACAAAAAUUUGUAGAAAGAUGCAUAUAGCUGUAUAGUAUAUUUUAGACUUCUUUUUGACUUAUCUCUUCAGCCUAUGAAAGAGAGGUUGUGUACAAUUGAAACCUUGAUAUGAAUCAGUCAUAAAAGAUGAACACAGAGAAAACAUGCAAUUCUGUUGUAUCAACUUA